AUGGGGGUGGAGGAGUGGCUUGCGGGGGAGAGGCGGGAGGUGAAGUCUCUUCUGAUGAAGAUUGGGGUGGCCGUUUCUCUGUCAUUCGCCGGUUAUCUGUUCUAUCGUCUUAGCCUCCAGGGAGACUGCGGUGCCCGCCGCCAUCCCCGCUACGGUCGUCCUUCUUCUUCAGGUAUUCGCCAACUUGCGUCUCCUCGUCUUUCCCCCGAUUCUGUCGGCUGAGUGGCCAAAAGAUUUUUCUUUUGAACCUUGAAUUUUUACCUUCUCUUUAAUCGUAGGGGCACGAGUUGAAGGCGGCCGAGAAACACGUGGGAGUCCCAGGGAUAAAAUUCUUUUCCAACGCGUAAGAUCUUCCGGUGCUGUUCUCCCGUUUCCCCUCUUUGGUUGAUUGUAGUAUUUCCAUCUGAAAUUGCUCGAUUAUGCGCCCUGUAGCUUCUGUUCAAUGGGAUUCGUCCGAUGCCACAGGAAGAUGUAUCGCCCAAUGUCAGUAAUGGCGGCGCCGCCACCAGGAUAUCUUUCGAUGUCGUGGAACUUUCUCGGAGCAAAAAGAACUCAGAGGAAGAUGGGGCAUCAUACCUGCUUCCACAGUUCCAUGAGCUGGUGUUUGGAGGACUGGACACGGAGGCGAUGGAGACGGAUAUCUGUGAAAACCCGCCUGCGAAGAUAUCACCGGAGAACGGUGAGGAGACGGCAAGGGAGCAGGAGAUCGUCUUCCUGAAAGACCUGGUCCAGUCGCUUCAGGAGAGGGAGAGGAGCCUGGAGGACCAACUGCUCGAGUAUUACGGCCUCAAGGAGCAGGAAUCAGUUAUGUUGGAGCUCCAGGACCGCCUGAACAUCGGUGCAAUGGAGGCCGAGCUUCUCUCUAUCAGGAUUGAUUCCCUGCAGGCUGACAACCAGAGGCUCCAGGAGGAGUUAUCUGAUUAUAUGGCGACUAAGGCCGAACUCGAAUCUGCGAGGGCCAAUAUCAACCAUCUGAAGCGAAAGUUCGAGUCAGAUUCGGCCAAGGCGAAGGAGACGGUUGCUGCUCUGCAAGAGAGGAUUGCUGCGCUGCGAGAUCUGGAGCGCAAGGGAGAGGAUGAGUAUCAGGAGAUGGAGAGGAGACUGGAGAGACUGAAUGAUCUGGAGCGCGAGGUUGCAGAGCUCAGAGAGAUGAACUCGAAAUUAGAAAAGGAGAACGUAUAUUUGUCGGAGAAGUUGCGAUCAACACAAAUUUCUCGCCCCUCCGCACCAGACAUUCCCCAGGUCUGAACCAGAAUCUCGAAUUUCUUCCCCCACAUUCAAAUUUCAUUUAUUCACCGUUUCUCACGGAAGCGGAAUUGUGUGACAGGCAUCGGAGGAAUCAGAGGAAGCGAUCCAUCUGAGACAAACGAACGACGAACUGGCGAAGGAAAUAGAGCAGCUCCACACCGACCGCUGUGCAGAUGUGGAAGAGCUGGUCUACCUCAGAUGGAUCAACGCAUGUCUCCGGUACGAGCUAAGAAACUACCAGACGCCACCGGGGAAAACAGUGGCGAGGGAUUUGAGCAGGACGUUGAGUCCUAAAUCAGAACACAAGGUCAAGCAGCUCAUCAACGAGUACGCAAAUCCUGGAUCUAUGGAGAAAACCCCCGCUAACCUGGUUGAUUUUGAGUGGGAGUGCUGCUCUUCCUCUCAGGCGUCCUCCCAGACGGAAAACGGGGAACCGGACGACGCCUCAUUGGAUGCUUCUGCAGCUACCAAAGCUAGCGGCUCCGGCAAGACAAAGUUCCUCUCAAAACUCAAGAGACUGGUAUUGGGAAAGGAUACUGGUGGUCACCGGCAUCUUUCCGUCGAGAGAAGCCCAAGAAGCUGCAGCAAUUCGGCAAGGAGAGCAACCACCCAUGCUUCUUGGUUUGACGAGAUGACUGGAAGAGAUUCCUGUGAUAGCUCCACCUCUCGCACAGAAAAGUUCGACGAGAAUCAUUACGGUCAUCAUCAGGAGAAUGAUUCCGCUUGGGCUCGAAAUCUUCCCCGAGUCUCUCUAGAUUUCCAGAGGCUGAGGGGCCACGAUGACCAGGCGGAAGCUGCAGGGACACGCUGCAAGAGCGAUGUAGGGGCCUCAUGGCGGACGAGAAUGGCGUCGUGCGAAGCGGCCUUCCUACGUUCUCCCCAUGACUCGAGGAUCGACGAAGAAGAAAAGCUGUUAGCACAGGGGAGAUUUGUCCACGCUCCAGAGACGCCCCCUCUGAGAAAGACCACAACCCGCCUAAGAUCUGCCUCGUUAAGCUCCGCAUGA